UACAUCUUGCUCAUAUCACAACAUUGAUUAUAUUCGCCGAUGUCUUUGUAAUUAUAUACAACAUGUAAUCGAAGCACCUUAUAUAUUUGCAAGUGAAACAUAUUUUCGGGGAACGCCAUGGACGACAUAUGACGUAGAACAACAUAUCCCAUGGUCCCUUGUUUCAUACCGACACAAAACUACUCAUUUCGAAAUGGCAGAGUAGCCAACGUUCGAGCUGGAAUGGGGAAAAAAGAUAACUGAAAAGGGUGUCUCUGUCAGCACAUCCUUUUACAAGUAGCGUGUUUAGUGAUACUUUGGAUUAUGAUGCCGUAAAUUAGUGAUAACCUGCAAAAUCAGCCCCAAAGGCAAGCUCGAUAACCAUAAACUAGUUGUCAGCUAGCAUGGUUAGCUAACGUCAGCUCUUUUGUAGCUGGAAAAGCCGUCUCCCCAACACCUCCACCAAGGGGUUAUUUUCCGCUCAACAAUGGAAGACCAGGAUUUUCUACUUGCUCUUCAGUUGCAAGAGCAAUUUAACUACGAAGCGACAGCGUCCACGUAUGAUGAACCAAGUCAACCUUCCAGUAAUGUCAUUCCAUACUCUCGUCCCAAAACCGUGUCGCCUGAGAGACCAUUGUCAAUUAUCGAUGAGUCGUGGGAAAUGAUUGACCCGAGCCCUGAUGUACGAACUAUGUUUCUCGAAUUCAAUGAUAUGUUUUUCUGGGGAAAGCUCUGUGGAGUGGAAGUGAAGUGGAGCCCUCGAAUGACAUUAUGUGCUGGUGUCUGUUCAUAUGAAGGAAGAGGGGGUCUCUGUUCCAUCCGUCUGAGUGAACCUAUUCUGAAACUUAGGCCACGUAAAGACUUGGUCGAGACACUCUUACACGAAAUGAUCCACGCCUUGCUGUUUGUGACCCAAAACAACCGUGACAGAGAUGGACAUGGACCAGAGUUCUGCAAGCACAUGAACAGGAUCAACCAAGCAACUGGAACGAAAAUUUCAAUCUACCACAGCUUCCAUGACGAAGUGGAUGUGUAUCGUCAGCACUGGUGGCGCUGCAAUGGACCCUGCCAGAACCGGAAGCCCUAUUUCGGUUACGUGAAGAGAGCCAUGAACCGUGCCCCGUCUUUCAGAGACCCGUGGUGGAACGACCACCAGCGCUCCUGCGGGGGCACCUACACCAAGGUGAAAGAACCAGAGGGGUACGGGAAGAAGGGCAAAGGCAAAGAGGGCGAUGGGAAAGAUGGCAAGGAGGCCAAGGACACGAAGCUUCAGAAAAAGCCACCAGUGUCGGGAUCGCAGGACAUCCGGAACAUCAUUGCAUUCAGUGGGAAGGGCUUUGUGCUGGGAGGGGGAAGCUCACAGCCUUCCAGCUCCACUCAAAAACCUCCGUGGCAGAGUCCCCCCAAACCUGUCAACAUUCCCCCCAAAUCACUGGAAUCACCUCCACGCCCACCUCCUGAGGUGAGAAAAAUAAACUUUGGGCAGAGUGAGAAUGGCUUGAAAAAGCCCAGCGGAAACACUGUGAUGACUGCUGUGAAGAAAUCAAUAGCCAACCAUAGUGCCUUUGUCAACAUUAAAGGCUCGCCAGUUCGCGUGACCAAAACCACUGGGCGGCUGAUCAAGAAAUCAGCUGAUCAGGCGAAAACCCAGCGGGUGUUUCAGGACAUUUUUGGUGAUGUGGCCUCACCUGCGGCAUCACCUGAAAAGACAAAAAGCACAUCAGACGCAGCGUCUAAAUCCAGAACACCGCUCCGCAGUAAUGUUAACAACACACAAGUUGGGAUCAGAAGCUUGGACUCGAAGCCUGCCACACAGUCGAGCCCAGGUCAAAUUCCGUCAACCUCAACGGCCUUCGACAGACCCCAGACCAGCAGUGCAGGAGGGUCAGGACAGCCAAGCCCAAGUGGCAUUCCAUCAACCUCAAGGCCUUUCAACAGACCUCAGGCCAGCGGUGCAGCAGGGUCGAAAUUUGGGUCUGUGAAUCCAUUCCAGUCGAGAUUUCCCAAGAGCCCCCAGAAAUCAGAAUAUGUAACUCCAGGGUCCAGGUCUGUGGAUCCGUUCCAGGCAAGAGUCCCUAAAAGCCCCCAGAGGCCAGGAACCGUAACUCCUGGGUCCAGGAAAAGACCACUGGACAGCACCUCAUCUCCACCCAUAUCCAAGUACUUCAAGACGUCCUCUUCACCACAGAAGAACAGCCUGCCGGUAAGACAGGCUGCUUCUUCGGCUCCCCCUGCUGGUCCAAGUGCAGUACCACAGCCAAGUGCUCCCAUAAGCAUGAACCAGAUCAUGGUAAGCUGCCCAGUGUGCCAGACCAAAGUGCCUGAAGUUGAAAUUAAUCGCCACCUUGACUCUUGUCUCUCAGAGAACAUGAUCAAUUUUGGGACUGACUGAAAAGACUUAACAAAGGUUUGAUUUUGCUUCUUCCCUUUGCCACCCACUCCAAGCAAACAAAAGGUUUCUUCAGAACAACAGUGGUGCUGCAAGAUGGUCACCAUGUGCUAAAAAUGUUGCUUAUUUGAAAGGUUUAUAUAAACUUACACUUAUUUGAAAGUAUAUAACAAGAGAGCACCAAAAGCGUUAUUCCAAGGUCAGCCACACAACUAAAACACUUAUAUAU